CUCUCAGAUCUAAUCUCUCUCUACUAAUUGCGGCCGCACAUGUUGAUGAGAUGGUUAUGGUCUCUCUCUCUCUCUCUCCCUGUAGAUACAAACUAUACAGUUAUAUAGACAGAGAUUAGCAAGAAACGGAGUUAUCUUUGUCUUCAAUCUUGGAUUCACACUUCUGUUAAGGAAUCUUGAAUUCACACUUUCCACCUACGCACUCUCACUCUGAUCAUCUGCUGCUCGCUCAAUUUGAUCAGACAUUAUCGAGUUUCCGUGCAGUCUUGGAUCGAGCCACUGUCAGCUCACUCUGAUAACAUGCUUCAUACUUGGUCUGCAGAAAUUUUAAUAGGAUUUAUUUCCUUACCUGCAGAAGCAGCAUAAUUUGCCAAGUAAUAUCUGGUAGCAAUACUGUGAAUUCCUUGUUUGGAAAUAUAAAAACUGAAUAUUGUGAACAAACAUUACUUGGAAGGCUCUCAAAACUGCAUAAAAAUGAGGGGUAGAUCAGAUGGAGGGCGAAAGAAGCGGUUGAUUGGUUCUAUAUUUGCUGUGGUCGUCUUUCUUGUUUUUCUUUAUGUAUAUUUUGGCUCAGAGAAACAUGGUGAAUCUGCUCUAGAGUACGGUAGCCGGUCCUUGAGGAAACUUGGGUCAUCAUAUUUGGGUGGGGAUGACGACCUUGAUCUUGGUGGCAAGCUAGAUGAAUCUUCCACCAAGGUUGGGUUGGAAGAUGGAGAAGAUGGUUUUAUUCCAAAGAGUUUCCCUGUUUGUGAUGAUCGACAUUCAGAAUUAAUUCCCUGCCUAGACAGGAAUCUGAUAUACCAAAUGAGAUUGAAGCUGGAUCUAUCUUUGAUGGAACACUAUGAAAGACACUGCCCUCCAGCUGACCGGCGCUUCAAUUGCUUGAUUCCUCCCCCACCAGGGUACAAGAUCCCAAUCAAAUGGCCUAGAAGUCGAGAUGAAGUGUGGAAAGCAAAUAUACCCCAUACUCACCUUGCACAUGAGAAGUCUGACCAGAACUGGAUGGUUGAAAAAGGUGAGAAGAUAGCUUUUCCUGGUGGAGGCACUCAUUUUCACUAUGGAGCGGAUAAGUACAUCGCUUCACUUGCAAAUAUGCUUAACUUUUCAAAUAAUAAUUUGAAUAAUGAGGGAAGGUUACGAACAGUCCUUGAUGUUGGCUGUGGUGUUGCAAGUUUUGGAGCUUAUCUUCUUUCGUCCAAUAUUAUUGCAAUGUCCUUGGCACCUAAUGAUGUGCAUCAGAAUCAGAUCCAGUUUGCCCUGGAGAGAGGGAUUCCUGCAUAUCUUGGGGUUCUUGGAACUAAGAGGCUUCCUUAUCCAAGCAGGUCUUUUGAGUUAGCACACUGUUCCCGUUGUAGGAUUGAUUGGCUUCAAAGGGAUGGGAUCCUUCUUCUUGAGUUAGAUAGGUUGCUCAGACCAGGAGGCUAUUUUGCCUAUUCAUCUCCUGAAGCAUAUGCUCAGGAUGAAGAGGAUCUGAGAAUAUGGAAAAAGAUGAGUGCACUCGUUGAACGCAUGUGUUGGAAAAUAGCUACAAAAAGGAACCAAACUGUCAUUUGGGUCAAACCACUAACAAAUGACUGUUACAUGCAAAGAGACCCAGGUACUUCUCCUCCACUUUGCCAGACUGAUGACGACCCAGAUGCAAUUUGGGGUGUUCCAAUGGAAGCCUGCAUCACACCUUACUCUGACCAUGACCACAGUUCUAGGGGAAGUGGACUGGCUCCAUGGCCUGCUCGAUUAACUACACCUCCUCCACGUCUUGCUGAUUUUGGCUAUUCCAAUGAAAUCUUUGAAAGGGACACGGAACUUUGGCGGCAAAGAGUUGAGAAUUACUGGAAUCUCUUGAGACCGAAGGUAACAUCAGACACUCUGAGGAAUUUGAUGGACAUGAAAGCAAAUCUAGGAUCAUUUGGUGCUUCUCUGAAGGAAAAGGACGUGUGGGUGAUGAAUGUUGUCCCUGAAGAUGGACCCAACACACUCAAGAUAAUAUAUGAUAGAGGCCUGAUUGGCACAGUUCACAACUGGUGUGAAGCCUUCUCAACAUACCCCCGGACUUAUGAUCUACUUCAUGCUUGGACUCUGUUUUCGGACAUUGAGAGAAAAGGCUGCAGUGUGGAGGAUCUACUGCUUGAGAUGGAUCGCAUGCUCAGGCCUACUGGUUUCAUUGUCAUCCGGGAUAAACAACCAAUUAUAGAAUUUGUGAGGAAUUAUUUGCAAGCAUUGCAUUGGGAAGCUGUGACACAAGCUGAUUCCUCUUCUGAUUCAGACCAGGAUGAGGAUGAUUUUGUGAUUGUCAUUCAAAAGAAACUAUAGCUGGCGAGUGUUAGAGAUUCAGAGUAAGAAAACAGAGCCUCUUUGCAUUCCCAUUUGUGUCCUAUCUCUCCUCUUAUGAGUCAAGAAAAGGAUGUCCUAAGGGCAGUGGGGUAAUUCUUUACAUCUUGUAGCAUCAAGCGAUUUUUUCAGUGCCUUUCUUUUUUUCUUUUCUUAGUAUUAUGUAAUUGAUACCACGGACUACCUCCAUCCAUAGGCUAUUGAUCAUUUUUUGUCUCUAAAAUCUUUUAUUGGGUAUUGUUGGGAGCCACUUACCCAAUUACAGAUGCAUAUAACACAAAAUACAUGGGACUGAGUAUGUUUGUAAGAGAAAUAGCUUCUUUCUUUCAUUAUAAAUGAAUCUACAGUUG